ACCAUUGAAGUUCCAGCAAUUUAAUUUUAAGUUUGGAUUUCAACACUUAAGCAAACCAUAAAAAACAAUGAAUUUUUAAAAAUUAGACAACUUCCCAAUAUAAAUCACAGGACAUUGUUAAUGUUCUCUCAUUACUUAAGAUUUACAUACAAGAUAGAAUUAUAAAACAGUGUAAGAACAGGAACAAUUCAGUGGGUGAAAGUGACUCAUCCAUCACUAGGCUCUGCCUUCAACUUGUAGGUAUUUGUUCAUUUCCGGGUGCCUUUAAUUGUUAACAACGGAACCAAAGAAAGAUUAAAUAAAAGCCAAGCAGAAGUUGUUAAACAGAAUAGCCUAAAGGACUUCUUAUAACUUGGUUUUUGUUUUAAAAUAUUUUGGCUCAUUGUGUAGCAGUCCAGAAUGACAGAAAAAAGCCUGAUCUUUGGUAUUUUAUUGUUCCUGAAACUGCAAGUGUGCUGCUGUUUUUAUAACCAACAUACCUUACCGGAUAUUGAAAAUGCACACUUUAUUGAAGAAUGUGUCAGAGUGCAUAAUAGAUUCCGAUCCAGUGUGGACCCACCAGCUAGCAACAUGAAACGGAUGAGCUGGGACCAUGAUCUUGCAAAGACUGCUCUUGGCUGGGCAAAAAUGUGCCAAUUCGAUCAUAAUCCUGAUCUCCAGUCACCAGGGAAGGCCCACCCAAACUUCACAAUAGUCGGAGAAAAUAUUUGGACUGGAAGCAUUUGGUAUUUUAAUGUAACUUCAGCCCUCACUAAUUGGUACAAUGAAGUCCAAUAUUACAAUUAUGCUACUCAACAUUGUAAACAUGUAUGUGGGCAUUAUACUCAGAUGGUUUGGGCAGAAACCUACAAAGUAGGCUGUGCUGUUCACUAUUGUCCUGUAGUACAAGGCUUUGGUGGAUCUGAUGCUGCACACUUCAUUUGUGAUUAUGGACCUGGUGGAAAUUAUCCAACAUGGCCAUAUAAAUCGGGAGUAACUUGCAGUGAAUGUUACGGAGAGCCUUGCGUAGACAGACUUUGUGGUGAAGUAUGGGUGAAGCCAUAUUGUGAUACCUACUGCAUCAUUGUUCUAGUCCUGAGAACAUCUUCAUUUUUAAUAACUUUUUCAACUGUCUUUUUCCUGAAGCAACAUUAUCCCAGAAUGUAUAUGUAUAAAUAAACUGGAAUAAAAAAAUAACACUUUUGUUAUUAAACAAUAAAUUGAUAAGAAUAGUAAGACAUCCAUUAUUUUUAGAUACAUUUUCAAAACGUUUUUUAGGAAUAAAAAAGUACAAGUAGCAGAAAAAGUUCAACAGGUAAACAUGCAAUGAACAUACAUUUAUUGACAACAACAUUCACAAAGUACCAUUCUACUCUGCUUAUCACACUCUUGGCUCUUUGUUGAUCUGAAUAAAAAAAGUAACUCAAUAUUCAAACGCAAUCAGCAUUUGGAAAGCCAAAUUUUCCAGUAAUAUAAACAAAGCAUAAAGAAGACCCA